ACGGAGGGCACGACGGGAAGGCAGUGCGCGAGCGGCGGGCUGAGUGAGCGGAGAAGGGAACAGCCGACCGACCGUCAUGGACAGGACGGCCGUGGUGAAGGUCGGAGCUGCGGCCAGUGCCAGCGUGUGCGCGUUGUUCGGCGGUGUGGUUCUGGCCCAGUAUAUCGUAGCUAAGAAGAAGCGAGCGGGCAAGAAAACACGGAUAAUAGAGAUGAUGCCUCAGUUUGAGAAGACGACGGUCCAUAUGAAGGACCCUGAGAGAGUGGAGCACAUCAUCUGUGGCCUCAUCAAAGGAGGAGCUUCUAAACUACAGGUCAUCACUGACUUCGACAUGACGUUAAGCAAGUUCGCUGUCAACGGCAAACGCUGCCCAACCUGCCACAAUAUCAUCGAUAAUUGUACGUUGGUGACAGACGACUGCCGACAGAAGCUUCUGCAGCUGAAGAAUAAAUAUUAUCCCAUUGAAAUCGACCCUCAUCUCACCAUGGAAGAGAAAUACCCAUUUAUGGUGGAGUGGUAUUUCAAGUCCCACACACUUCUCGUUGAACAGCGGAUACAGAAAGACAAGCUGCCCGAGGUGGUGAGAGAGUCAGACGCAGCGCUCAGGGAAGGCUAUGAGCAGUUCUUUGACCGCCUGCAGCAGUACAAUGUCCCGGUCUUCAUCUUCUCUGCCGGCCUGGGUGACGUCCUGGAAGAAAUCAUCCGCCAGGCUGGAGUCUACCACCCCAACGUCAAGGUCGUCUCCAACUUCAUGGACUUUGACGACAACGGAGUCCUGAAGGGUUUCAAAGGGGAGCUGAUCCACGUAUACAACAAACACGACGGGGCCCUGAGGAAUACGGAGUACUUCAAGCAGCUGAAGGAGUACUGCAACAUCAUUCUGAUGGGUGACUCGCUGGGGGACCUCAGCAUGGCUGAUGGAGUGCCCAACGUGGAGAACAUCCUCAAGAUCGGCUUCCUUAAUGACAAGGUGGAGGAGCGGCUCGACAAAUACCUGGACUCUUACGACAUCGUCCUGGUCAGGGACGAGACUCUGGAAGUGCCCAACGCCAUCCUCCAGAAAGUUCUAUAACUCCACCCCUCUGAAAAACUCUGUCCUCACCCUUACAGACUCCUAACACCAACCAGACAGGAUCUCACCUGGACGUCCUCUCUGGCUCUGGCUCUCACCCCCUCAUCCCCCUCACCCUCCCCCACCACCCUCUUAAAGCCUUUUUAAAGACAUUUUUCAUCUCGUGAAUGAACAGUUUUAAAGUCCAAGAAGCAGCAGCAGCCUGUCUCUGGUGUGUUUUGUCCAUCGUCAGAGUUAUUUUAUGAUCGAAGUCCAACCAAAUGGGGGAAAAGUUCCCACUACAUCUCUAUAAUUUGCACAUUAUUGUUACUAUUUUUAUUGAUAAGAUUAUUUUUUUGAUAUGGUAAUAUUGACAUACCAUAAAGUAGGCACCCACAGAGACUGUUUUCUGUGGAGCUUUCCCUCCAUGUUCAUCCUCUUAUCUUAUUUUUCCCUAAUGACAUGGCCAAAAGAUAUUGUUGCACCAGCUAUAUCACUGAAGUUUAAGAAUUCGCACCUGAUGAUUGUAGUUUAACAUAAAAGUUGUGUUAAUAUGUGUUUGCACCACUGAGAUGUAAAGUUCAUCUUAAUACAUCUCGUGUAAAAAGUCCAAACUAACAAAAAUAUCGCCACAGAAAAUGGCGUUUUCACUUCCUGUGCCCAGUCAGUCAUGAGUACCAUCAAACAGCUUAUCUCUGUUUCUAUAUAAUUAUACUUUUCUUUUUUCAGACAAGGUAUAGUUGUAGAUGUUACCUGCCUGAACAAAAGAAAAAAGAAAAGUAUAAUUACAUUAACAGAAGACAAAAUGAACUUCAUUAGUCUGUAUAUUUGACGGAGUUGUCUCUAUGAGGGGUGAAGAAGGUAAUGACUGGAAAUAAGUAAUGCUAAUCACCAAACGGCAACAAAAAGGGACCUGAUCUUGGACAAAUGGGCAGGAUGAAUAACUUUCCCUUAAUCUAAGCAACUGCAAGGAAACAGAAGUGACAUUGAGCUAAAUUGGGGGUAAUGUAGCGGUAACCCAUAAAUGGGCAGAUGAACUUGUAACAUUAUCAUACACACAUGAUAAUAGAAACUCUCAUUCUUUGUUCAGACCAAACGUGAAACCAACUUCCACAUCUCAUAACCUGCGUGAAUGUGGUCACUAGCGCAUUUUGCAAAAUUCAUUUUUCUGAAUGUAUCAGGUAGCUCUGCUGGUUCACUCACUUCCCUUCAGUCCUGUCCUUUUCUUGCUCUGUUUCUGCAUGUUACAGAGGUUGAAUUUCACAGUUCCAAAUGUCUAAAGAUGGAUACAAUAAUGCAGCAGAUUAAGGAUGUGACCUAAAAUGCCCUGUGUAACCUUUCACAUUGAGUCAUAUCCUAUGAAGUUUAUCGUUCACUUUCACAUGUUAUGGUUUAUUUGCUGUUAUAAAGUGUCUGUAAAACUCUGAGUGCAGUCAAUUGCUGGAUUGAUUAUGAUCUCUGUUGAAAGUAAGAGACAAGGAGAAUGGAACUGAAAUAGUCUCAUCUUCUCUGUCUAGAUUGAACCACUACUUGAGCGAUUAAUCUCUCCUUUUGUGGUUGUCGAUGCUGGUGAGUUAGGGUUACGUCAGUGCUGACUGGCCUUAGCAACACUACAUAAUGCAGAACUGUCAACUAGCUGGUUGUAAGUUCACGCAUAUUUGUGUCUGUGCAUCAGGUAGACACAUUUGUUUUGCUUUUGGUCUGAACUCUGUUACAGAUUAGUAGCUCUGACUAAAGAUGAUGUCUCCUAUUGGUUUGGCAACACAAUAAUACAGCAUCAUAUAACACAGUAUUAGUGUUAAAUGUCAAAUGUAAAGCUACCAUUGCUUUGUCAACACAUUCAUUCUAGCUGAAAUAAAUUCCAGUUGAUGCAAUAGACCAUGGCAACUGCUACGUAGGUGUAAGAUUACCAUAACUAAAAAACGACCCGUGCGUCCAGUUUUCAAUGAGACAAAAUCAUCUCAGUUUAUCUCAAAUUGGCAGAUAGUAUAUAAUGUUUUUCUCAGUAUUUAUAGGCUGUAGUUCACCUGUUACCACAAAACACAGAAUUGCUAUCGCCUCUUUUCCCAGUAAAGCCUUUGGGUUUUUUUUCUCAUUAGAGGUAAAUCCAACCCUAAACAGUCCAGUCAAGUCCUGAGCAGAUGUAAAUAACUCACUACCACUGUCAUUAUUUAAGAUGCUACAAAAAAAGCCUGAAAAGCAGCAGUUAGAACAGAUGUACGCAGUGGACAAAGUUUUGCUGAUAUUAGAACGUAUCACCGCUUUGACUCGAAUCUGAAUCGACAGUUAUUAGGAUAUUGCAGACUGGAAUGUGGCAAAUUUCAGCUUGUCUCAUUGCAAAUCGUUGUGAACUGGGCUCUUAAUGUGAGUAUUGCGUGAACUCUAAGUUAGAACGUCAUUAGUCAAAAUUAAGAAGUCCAAAUUUGAACAUAGACAUAGCUGGUGCAACCCAGUGCUGGUUAAGUCCAGAAAUAGGACAUUUUGAAGGGUUAAACAUCGCAAAAAUAAAGUUGUGUUCUUCAGUCACGGUGGCAGCAGAAGGACUACCGGCUGCAGUAUUUAAGUCCAGAUUCAUCUCUUCAACAGCUCAUGUGUUAAAACCUCAGCUUCUCAAAAGGAAAGCACCUUAAAGCUUGUACAAAGAAAAUCAGGUUGUUUUGUACUGGAGCACACGUGGUUGUAAUAGUCAAUCAUGGACGUACACAGCCUUGCACAGAAAAGCCAUGUUUACAUAAGUUUCUUUAAAUCCGUGUAGUAUUUGGCGUCAUAUCAGCUCACAGUCGAAUCAUUCAGUACACAUCAUUUAACGUGUUUGCUUCUUUGCAUACAUUUUUCCAUUUUACCAGUGUUUUGAUCAUAUAGGGUUAUUAUAUAUUGGCCUCUUGUGGUCACCAGCAGGCAUUAUAUGGCUCAAAUUCUCUUCCAAACGUGCAGAUGCCCUUAGUUACUCAGUUAUAAACAACUGUGAAUCUGUAAUGAACUUACAGUAAACAGAAGGACAGAAGCUGACAUUUCUGGCUCAGUAAACAACCCAUUUAAUGUCUUUGCUCGUCACUUUUUUGGUGUGUGGUUCAAACUGAGCACUACCUCUAAAAUCUUCACCUCCUGGUCACCAUGUUCUGUGUCAGAUGUUCCGUUUGACUUUUCUGUUCUGUAUUUUAAAUGUGCUGCUAUCACCUGCAUGUUGCCUUUUAGUAAUGUUAAGUUUAUUUCAAAAGAAAUGAGAGAAAAAUAUAUACAGUAAAUAUAUAUAUAUAAAAAAAUAUCAGUAAAAUGGGUAAUAAUAUUAAAGUGUAUGUGUGCGUUAUGGAAAUGCAUAAUGUUCCACUGCCUUGGAUGGUAUUCAUAAAGUAUACGCGGAUGUGUUGUAUUUUUAUAAACACAUGCCUUCGUCUUUCUGUGUUUGUGGGAAAUAAAAAUGCAAUAAAGUUUCAUUUUUGUGAA